CACGUAACGAAAGUGUUCACUUUAGCAACUGCAGUGUUUUGCAGAUACGGCUUGCUUAAUGCAGUCGCUAUACGCUAAACUUCUAUCAUCAGCCGUAGAUGAGUGCGUUCGAGACCAUAAGCAUUUCAGACGGACCCGAGAGUGGUGAAGUCGACAGCGACGCCAGUGGAGGCAGCAUUAAUAUGUCUUCCGACUGGAUGCAAGCUGUAAAAUCGCCUGUGCCAUUUCGCGUUGGCAACAGGUUGAUCAGGUUACGAAUUACCAACCUCGCGCGUCCGCGGGUUAUCGUACCAGUGUUCAUCAUCCUGAUCACGGUGGGCGCGCUCUUUAUCCUGCUUCCAAACACGGACGCUCGAUACACGCGCGGUGUCAACUCGCCUCGGCUCAAAACCUUCAUCCAUGAAGACGACAUGUUCAGAACUGCCGAGGCGCCGGUAGCGGCGGCACUGCCGACGUCGCGGGAACCGUGCGCAGACGGCAGUCACUACAACACAACGUACCCACUAUCGCGACCCGAGGUGCUGCCCGACGGCAGCAUGCGUUAUCGCAUCGGCGUCAUCUCCGAUCUCGACACCGACUCGAAGAGCAAGGUGGAGAAGUUCACGUGGCUCAGUCACUUCUUGAAGGGUCACCUGACGCUGAGUGCAAACCACGAUCAGAUCCAGAUUAAGUGGGAAGAGCGAGUCACGUUGAAGGAGACCCUGUCACAGGGCGGCCGCGGAAUGGAGCUCAGCGAACUAGUCGUGUUCGACGGGAAGCUUUACACGGUGGACGAUCGAACUGGAGUGGUGUACCUGAUAGAGAAUGAUAUCGCAAUUCCCUGGGUAGUCCUACCAGAUGGAAAUGGAAAGUCGGGCAAAGGAUUUAAGUGCGAGUGGGCCACCGUGAAAGAUAAAACCUUGUACGUGGGUGGGCUGGGAAAGGAAUGGACGACAGUUGCCGGCAAGAUACUGAACACCAAUCCACAAUGGGUGAAAGCCAUUAGUCCAUCAGGAGUUGUGCGGCAUCUAGACUGGCAUGAAAAAUACAAUGCCUUGAAGAAAUCAGGGGGAAUAAACAACACUGGUUACAUCAUCCACGAGUCGGCGGUGUGGAGCGACGUGUGGCAGCGGUGGUUCUUCCUGCCGCGGCGCGCGAGCAAUGAGCAGUACAACGACGUCGACGACGAGAACAGGGGCACCAACAUGUUGUUCACGUGCGACGACAGCUUCAGGAACUGCGAAAUGAAAAAAAUAGGCAAGAUCAUUCCAACACAUGGCUUUUCGUCGUUUAAAUUUAUUCCCGGUACUGGGGAUAAAAUCAUCGUUGCGAUCAAGUCAGAGGAGAAUGCAGAUGCAGAAACGGCAGCUGCGUUCAUCAUGGCUUUUACUAUCGAUGGCAAGAUACUGAUGGAUGAGACAAAGAUUGGUGAUUUUAAGUUUGAAGGUGUAGAGUUUAUCUAAGUUUGAGGCAAGGCAUGAGAAAGGGAGAAAGGAGAGAAGAAUCCAAGAAUUGAUGCAUAAUAUAUUCAAGAAAAUCUUGCCUCGAUUGAAAUGACCUUUUCAAAACAAUGAAGAUGGUCUUAUGCUCCAUUACCACAUACCAUUAAUUUAUGGCACAUGAAUUUGACACGUCACCACAUUGGAUGGUACUCGAUCUGAGAAGCAGGGGCCACUUUUCACGUGACCUUACUUGUUGUUUCUAAGAUAGGUUUUAUACGAGGCCAAUCGAUAUGAAAAUAGAAAGAGCUAUUUUUGUAAAAGUCGUAUACAGAGUGAAAGAUGAUGGAAAGAUGCAUGGCUAUACACACAUUGCACCUAUGAGAGUUAUGCUGUUCCGUACCCGUUUUUGGGGUGAAUCAAUUGUGCUUGUGAUAUUCACAUUUACCUAACCAUGUUAAGUAGUAUUGAAUGUUGCUAUUGGUAUUAAUUUAUAAUUUUAAUUGUAAAAUAUCUUGUAUCGAUAUCGUUGAUCAAUGUAUAUGCCCUGUUUGCGUGCUUGUAUGUAGAUGUAUCCUGUUUUGUUUUGAUGAAAAUAAAUAAGAAAUCACGUUAUAUUGCGUGUUUCUCUGAACCACGA